AUGGGUGGAAUAAGUGAUACGAAGGAAACCGUUGAAGAGGUGUCACUACUCGAAGAACCAAAGUCCUCUGGUGAGAAGAAAGUGGAAAAUGUGGUCGAGGUCGCCUCGGAAUCUCAAACUAAUAUGAAAAAAAACGAAAAAUCGGUGGACAGUGAAAAAACGGCCGAAAUAAGGCAAGAAUUAAAGGAGAAAGUGGAUGAUGCCGAGUUAUUAGAGUCAGCAAAGUCUGCUGAGCCAGAUUCUGUGCCAAAAGGGGGAAUUAGCGAUUUAAAACCAUCAGAGCCAGCUAAGUCUGCUGUGUCUGACGAGUCUCCAAAAAUUUCGGACGCCAGAAGCCCUGAAACCCCCGAAUAUUCUGAUGAGGAACGCCCACCUUUGCCAGAACGCAACAGCUCCAGAACACAGGUCUCGCAAAACCCAAUCUUGGCAGAGCUCACAGAGGCUUUCCCCAAUAUCGAGACCAAAUACGUAAAAGCCGUGCUGAUCGCCUCACAGGGUGUUCUGGAUCCCGCUUUUAACGCUUUGCUGUAUCUGUCAGAUCCCACGUUCGAGGCUGAAGCGUCUGUUCCCAGUGCUCCGGCUGUAGCCGAGGGGCAGGGGUUGGCCAGGCCUCCCAAAGUGGGUCAAACACAGCUAGAACAAGACGAGAUGCUGGCUCGUCAGCUCGACGCCCAAUUCAACAAAUCUCGCACUCGCUCCAGCCGCCACAGAGGGCAAGAGAACCAAGGUGCUCAGUCCAUGGAGGACGAGCGGGCUGCACGCGAAAAUCGGAUUCGUCGUCGCCAAAGAGACUACGAGAGACGCACCACGCAGGGACAAAGACCCAUGAAUGCGGAGGAGCAAAGGUAUUACGACGAGUUGGGCCGUGAAGCCAGUGACGAUGACUUUUUGAGCCAAUUUGUCGAGAAAGACCUUCCUGAAAUUCGUAACAAGGUAAAUCGACAAGUGCAAGAGACCGGUAAAAAAGUCAAUGAGUGGUUUUCCGGAAUCCGCAGGACUUGGACCCAAGAGCAACAGCCUCAGAGCUCGAAGUAUGCAGACUACCCGGAAUUUUCUUCAGGACGCGAAAACUCUACUCAACAGCCCCAAAGGAUGUCCUCGUCCAACAGGUCUUCUGGUUCGGAAUAUGAGAACUAUAUUAGACCCGAAAACAGAAAAGUGCGGUUCAACUCUUUUGGAGCAAUGGAGGGCGACGAUAGCGUUGACACUUCGCAACGCUUGGCCAGCCAUGGUAUUUCCAUAUACAACAAACAGGACUCGCACGAAGGAGGUCGCGAUGACGAAGACGUUGCUCCUCAAUUGCCUGUGAGAAACAAGCAAACCGAGGUCCAGCCUGAAACGACCUACAUCGACACACCAGAGGCUGCUACUCGCAAAAAGUGGCAACCACUUCCUCCUGAGCCUAUUAAUUUGACACCAAGCAAAGUUCACGCUACUGCCAGCAAAGACAAGAAGGAAAACGCAGCUUACGAGGACGAUGAAAACGAUUUUCUCAUUAACAGCGACGACGAGCUAUAG